AUGGCAGCUUGCGAAGAUGAUAUCCUUGUGUUCUUGAACAGCACAGGCCAGCCUCGAAGUGACUCCAACAUGGCCUGCGCCGCCGAUCCCCCAGUCGAACGCUCUCCCGAGGGGAUUGUCAUCGUUGAGCGACCCUCAGAUACAGACAACGUCAUCCAACAUAUGCCCACCUGCAAGUACAUGGCCAUUAUCCACGAACUCAACAGCCUCACACUCACCGACACAGAUCGCCAGAUCUUCAAGGCAAUCAAUCGUCUUCAAGGCCUUCACUACGCACACCGUGCCUCCUGCGUGGAAAGAUGGCGUUUGGAUGAGAAGAGCCGUCUCGAUGUGAUUUGGCUGAUGUGCACCUUCGAGGACUACCUUCAGUCCAAGGAUUGGCCUGAGACAUCCAAGGGCGAUGAAUAUCGAACGAUGCUGGAUAUGUGCAAAUUCAUCUUCUACGGUCCUUACGUACAAAUGGAUAUUGAAAAAAUGGAGGAGGGGGCUAUGAAAGAGGGGCUGAUGCGUCUCUACCGGUGUAUCUGCACAUGGUACACAGCAUAG